AUGGUCCACAGAGAUUUGACAUAUAAUACCCCUAGUGAAGCCAACGAGCAGGGUGCAAGCGUAGCAAACCCGUUUGUUUCACCUAAUGAUGAUGACAGUUCAUUUGAGCUGAGUCGGGAAUCAUCUUCGAGCCAGCUGAACGACUUUAAUCAAAUGAAUAAUCAUUUGAACGAUCCUCAUUACGGAGACACUUUUGAUAGUUAUAAUGGGUAUUACUCACAGAACGGCACCACAUCGAACUUGCUAUCGAAAGAAGGAUCGCCUUUUCAACCAUCACUGAUGCCUCCAGAAUACGACAGAUAUCCAUCUAUGGCCGGCUCAAGAGUGGUCUCGUCGACAUCGCUUUCAUCUAACAUGCUCACUAGCCCCAACAACCUCCAGCAGAAUCACCUGAGCACCCGUAAGUCGGAUGACGAUUCAUCAAUUUCUAAUAAGUCUACCAACCCAUUUUUGCUUGGAACCGACUUCAGUCCUUUCGGAGGAUACCCUGCAUCGUCAUUUCCUCUACAUAUAGACGAAAAGGAACCAGAUGACUAUUUACACAACCCAAAUCCGGUAGAGGAUGCAGCAUACGAUAAGAAUAGAUUCAUUCACGAUUUAAAGCAUAUGGAUAGAAGAUCGUUGGGUGGUUUGAUAGGAGUUAUUUUUAUGAUGUUAGCAGCUAUUGUUGUAUUUAUAUUGUUACCCGUGUUGACAUAUUCUGGUGUUACCGAGCCUUAUACUCCUGAGAGCUACGAGAUUUUAACAUCGUACCGUUAUCCUCUUUUGAGUGCUAUCAGAACCGAUUUGGUUGAUCCAGACACUCCUGAAACUGCCCUAACUAGGAAAAUUAACACCGGAGAUACAUGGAAGUUGGUCUUCUCUGACGAAUUUAAUGCAGCAGGAAGGACCUUCUACGAAGGCGACGAUCAAUUUUUCCAAGCAGCAGACCUUUGGUACGGUGGUACUAUGGAUUUGGAAUAUUAUGACCCGGAUGCUGUAACAACUGCCAAUGGUACCUUAAACUUGAGAAUGGAUGCAUACAAGAAUCACGAUUUGUUUUACAGAUCUGGUAUGGUUCAAAGUUGGAAUAAAAUGUGCUUUACCCAAGGAUUACUUGAAUUUUCUGCGAGAUUGCCUGGUUAUGGUAAUGUAUCUGGAUUGUGGCCCGGUUUAUGGUCCAUUGGUAAUUUAGCUCGUCCAGGAUAUAUGUCAACAAGUGAGGGUGUCUGGCCAUAUACAUAUGACUCGUGUGAUGCAGGUAUCACAGCAAAUCAAUCGUCUCCUGAUGGUAUUUCAUAUUUGCCAGGUCAAAGAUUAAGCAAAUGUACCUGUUCUGGUGAAGACCAUCCUAGCCCUGGUAAAGGAAGAGGUGCUCCAGAAUAUGAUGUUCUUGAAGGUGAAGUUAGUACUGAUGUAGGUGUUGGUGUUGCAUCUCAAUCGAUGCAAAUUGCUCCAUUUGAUAUCUGGUAUUACCCUGACUAUAAUUUCGUAUCAAUUCAUAAUGACUCAGUUACCACUAUGAAUACAUAUACCGGUGGUCCGUUACAACAAGCGGUUUCUGGUACGACAACCUUGAACGUGUCGUGGUAUUCUGAAGGUGACAACGAACACAAUUUCCAGACCUAUGGAUACGAAUAUUUAAAUGACGAUGAUGACGGAUAUUUGACAUGGUAUGUUGGAAUGGAUCCUACUGUCACUGUUCAUGCGAAAUCAUUAGGGCCAAACGGAAACAUCGGGCAAAGAUUGAUGUCCAAGGAACCAAUGUCGUUGGUUAUGAAUUUUGGUAUUUCCAAUAAUUGGGCCUAUAUCGACUGGAACGCUUUACAUUUCCCGCUUACCAUGCGCAUUGAUCAUAUCAGAAUAUACCAGCCAGAAGAUGCCAUCAAUUUAAGUUGUGACCCAGAGGAUUAUCCAACCUCAAACUACAUUGAGACCCACCCAAAGGCUUACCAAGAUAACAAUCUCACAUCAUGGGCAGACACUGACUACGAGUGGCCCAAAAAUUCACUUGUUCAUAAAUGUAGCUGA